GAAUGUGCUCGUUAGAACAUUUUUGGCAAUGGAAGAGAUAACAGCUUUAGAUAAAUAUGAGCAACAAGUAGACCUGAUGAACGAAUGUCGAUCAUUUUACUACAGUCGUCUUCAGAAGACAGAACAUUAUAAAAAAAUCUUUGGGAUUGAACCUACGACAGAGUCGACAGGAACUGCAAAGAAAGAGAAACCUCUGGUUUCUUCAAUGCAGCGUCUUCAAAGAGAAAUAGUUUCCUUACUUGAUCAAGACUUGAUACUCAUGAGACAACUAUUAACACUGAACGAGAAUAUAGAGGAAAUGAAAUCUAGAACAUUUCACGGGUAUAGCAAAGAGUCGUUUGGAAGCAGUACUAGCAUGUUUUAUCUUCAAGGACGAUACCUUUCGGAAAGUGACAGUCAUGAUCCCCUAUCAACUGUCGCAUCUCAAAGUGAAAUGGAACAUAUGUGUCAAGAAUCCGAAACUGUUUUUGAAGAUAUCCAGAAUCUUGUCGACGGCCAUCAAUCAGAUGAUUUCAAAGACAAUACUGUAACACUGAAACAUAUUGUGUCGACAGAUUCUGGAUUUGAUGAAUGCAAAUGAAUCACUUAUGUAAAUCCAUUAGCUACGUUUAUAUAUUUGGGAUACUACAUCACGCACUUAUCCUGUGAACUGUUUCGUGAACUGUUUGAGGACAGUUGACAUUGUGACGUGUAGCUGAGUAUCAGCUUUAUAGUAAAACAGAUGUCUGGCUGAAAUUAAGUGAUUGAACAGCCUGAAAGUUCAACUAUUUUCAUCCAAUAUCUCGCUACAUUAGGAAAUGUUAUGCUACCAUUCAUUGCUCUGAAUUUAAAAAAAAGUAUCAUUAUUUCAAAUGCAAUGUUAAUAUUGAAAUAAUCCGUGUAAUAAAGAUCGUGAGAAUGAUGGAAACGAUUUCUAUCAACAAUUGAUAGUCUGUUUACAAUAACAUUGAGGAUGUUGUGUAUACGAUACCAUUAAUGAAGAACAACAGUAUACACAAGACAGUUAUACAUUUUAGCAUGAAAUACCCUGG